AUGUCCCGCAGAACAGCUGUAGUCGAGGAGUUCGACGACGACACUGACUUGCCGUUGCCCAGCCAGCCUCUUCCCAACACUGGAUACAACGGUCCUCUACUACAGGAAAUAAAUUCAGAUGACGACUUUGACUUUCCUUCACCGCGUGCAGGGCCUGCGUCGUCGCCUUCGUCACAGUUCAUGCCUACGUCGUCUGACAGCGUGAAUGCAAAGAACUCGGUGACGGAUAUUACGCCCUACAAGAAGUGGACAUGUAUAUAUCCAAUAUAUAUCGAUGCAAAGCGUCCUUAUGGUACUGGACAGCGUAGGGUAGCGCGCGAAAAGAGCGUGUGGUGGCCUCUUAGCAAAGACAUUGCAGAAGCUACGAACCGACUCGGUCUGGGCACCCUCCACGAAGUGAACAAGGCCCACCCUCGAGAUUGGGAGAACCCAGGCCGGGUCAGGGUGCUGUGGAAGAAGGAUGGUCGACUCGUCAACCCCGCCAUCCAGACCAAAAAACAGCUUUUGGAGAUGGUGUGCAUACAGAUACAACGUCUAAAGCCAGAAAAUAUCCCUAAACCUCCAUACAACACUUCUCCAGCCAAAGUCGAGCCGGUGAUCCCUGCGCCAAAGUCGCAUACAACAAUGUCGGCAUCGACGAAGGGCAAGCAACCUGCAACGACAAAAUCCAAGUCACCUUCAGCGCCGCAGUUGACUAAGACCAGCGGGAGACGACCCCCCAUACCUCCAGAGCCCCAUCCUCCACUCGCCAGCCGCGUAUCUCCCUAUUCUCCCGCUAUAUCCACGGGUGUCCUGAUAGAGACGGUCAAGGCAGGAAUGACAGCCCAAGAAGCCAAUGCUGCUCCCGGUUCUACUCCCGGUGCCCCUGGACUGCCCGGUGGCGCACAGAAGGGCAAACGGAAAGUGGUGAGAGUCAGAGGAUGA